CUUAGUUAACACAUUGCCGCGACUGGACGAGUUACAAGUGAUCUCCGAUCUUCGGUCUUAAUAAUCGAGACGAAACGGUCGUUAUAACCUGUCGAUCAAUUAUAAUCCGCUAAAUAGUAGGAAAAAAAUAUCGACAAGAGCAAUGGAAGGAAUGAGAUUAUUCAUCUUUGUUCUGUGCGUGAACUUUAUCACUGGACAGCAAAGGCAAUGCGGAAGUCAGCAGAAGUGUGUGCAGUUUACGAAAUGUGACGAAUUUAAACAGUAUGUUGGGAUAAACAGUAACCGAUGGCCUCAAUCGAUAAAACUAGAGGUCAAGAACCGUCUCUGCGAUAUCCAAGAGCAAGGGAACAGUAGAAUUUACAGCGUCUGCUGCACAGAAUCUCGUCCACAGCCAGGCCUAGCGAUGCUGGAUACGAAGAACUGCGGAAGAGCAAGUUUGCAAAAGGUGGCUUUCGGCAAGAAAGCCCCACUGUACCGGUAUCCCUGGAUGGCGUUAUUACAAACAUACGAUGGUACCUUUAGUUGUGGAGGAACACUUAUUGCUGAACGUUAUGUUCUCACGGCAGCCCACUGUGAUAGACCUCCAAUAGUAUCUGUACGCCUUGGGGAACACGACCUUUCCAAGGUAGAAGAUUGUAUUGUUGAUGUUGAUGACAGAGACUGUGCGCCGGAACCCCAAGACAUUGCAGUUGCCAAGUUUAUCAAACACAAUCUGUACAGUGCAUCUAAGCGCAAAAAUGACAUUGCUUUAAUAAGACUAGCUUCUUCUGCUGUGAUGAAUGACAAUGUGAAGACAAUUUGCCUUCCAAUCGGGAACUUUCAGCGGAAUCCUGAACCUACGAACAUGAUCAUCACUGGAUGGGGCUAUACUGAGAAAGGGGAAACCUCCAAUGUAUUGCAGUUCGUCAGUCUGCCAAUAGUUUCCAAUAGUCAAUGUGGGCGUACACUUGUGCGACUGAGUGAUGCCAUCUCACUGGAUGAUAGUCAGGUCUGCGCGGGUGGUAAAAACAGAAUGGAUAAUUGCGCCGGAGACUCAGGUGGACCACUACAGUAUUAUACGCAAGCAGAGGCACGAGCGGUUCAACAUGGAAUUGUGUCCUUUGGACUCAACUCCUGUGGGGUUGAUAGUGUGCCGGGAGUGUACACUAAAGUUUCACAUUUUAUUGACUGGAUCUUACAAAACUUAACAUAGGUUGGAUCGUAGUUAACUUAACUUAACUUAAAUAGAGUAUUAAUAAUAGUUAAAUAAAUUGAUGCAUUAUUUAUUCUAUACUUAA